CACCAAGAGAUUCCUGCCCGCGCGUUCACGCCUUCUCCUGAAGCUCGGCGGCGGCAGCAGCAGCAGAAGAGAGGAGUCAGCCUCCCACGGCAAGGAAUCGAUAUUUUUAGCGCCUGGUUCGUAUUGCAGCGUCGCCAGAAGCGUCUUCUUCUUCUGCCUCAUCUUCUUUUUGAGGGCGACGCAGUUGGAGCGCGAGGGGGCUACGUGACUCCAUAGGCUGCGCGCGGAGCGUGGAGGACAAAACGGGAGAGACUUCACAACAUCCGCGAAUUCCCAACGCACCCCCUACUGAUGGCCGGUCCCGAGCCGAGCCAUCCCGAGCCAGCCUGCCUGGAGGCGCAGAAAUGGAUCGAGGCUGUAACAGGGAAGAGCUUUGGAGACAAAGACUUCCGCAGCGCGCUAGAGAACGGCAUCCUGUUAUGCGAGCUGCUGAGUGCAAUCAAACCCGGGCUGGUGAAGAAGAUCAACAGACUGCCCACCCCCAUCGCCGGGCUGGACAACUUGUCCGUCUUCCUCCGGGGCUGUGAGGAGUUGGGCUUGAAGGGCUCCCAGCUGUUUGACCCGGGGGACUUACAGGAUACUUCCAUACGCGCCAAUCUCAAGGACUCUGACUGCAACCGCAAACUAAAAAAUGUGCUGAACACGGUUUUCUGGCUUGGAAAAGCUGCCAGUGGGUGUCCUUCCUACAGCGGUCCUAAUCUGAACCUGAAAGAGUUUGAAGGGCUACUGGCUCAAAUGAAGUUGGAAAGCGACGAUGGCGGCGACAGCUCUCAGAAGCGCAGCGUUCGAGACAGCGGCUACGACUGCUGGGACUCGGAGAGGAGCGAGUCUCUCUCUCCGCCUCAACACACUCGGGACAACUCUCUUGACAGUCUGGAUUCCUUCGGUUCCCGCUCGCAGCACAGCCCCUCUCCUGAUGUUGUGAAUCGAGGCAACAGCGAUGGACGAUGCAGCGACUCGGAGGCUGAUGCUCCCAGCAGGAAACCCGACGUACGGAAAGAUGACAUGUUGGCCAGAAGAACAGCCAGCAACGACUCCAGAUGCCCGGUUCCCUUCAACCAGUUUCUUCCAAACCGAGCCAACGCCAGCUGCUACAUCCCGACCCCACGACGCAAACAACACCCAGAGGAAGGAGAGCAGCGGAGUCACCUUCAGACCAUUCCAGAACAAACCAAACGAACUGGAUUUCAUCAGAAACCCCCCAAAACGGUGACUUGGGCACCUGAAAGCCAGGCUGAAAAACUGAAACAGGGAGAGGACUUGGAGGUUUUGGAGCAGAGGAGGCUGGAGAAGUUGAAGAAGGCAGGAAUUAAGGUUCUACCUGCUGCUGUUCGCUACAACAGCACUGCAAUAACGGAGGAAAAAGAAGCGAGGUCACCGUCUCCAAACAUCAUUCUUCGCUCUGAAAAUGAAUUUUUGAGCUCCCACAGUCCGGCUUGUGAUUCCUCCUCCGACGGGGAGCAGGACGUGGAGACGAGGAGGGUUCCCGAUGUCCACAGAGACGACUUGGCGUCCCGACGAGUCCACCGGAGCCCAGGUAACUCCAGGGUCCAUCAGUUCGUCCCUCCUCCAGCCUGCACCACCAAAGACAGAGAGCGCUGGGAGGGCAUCAGGCGAGCCUCACAGCAGACCCUGCAGCAGACGGAGAUCAGCGUGAAGGAAGCGGUCUGUGACAUCAUAACCCGUAAAGACAACCCCUCCCUGAAGGAAGAGGAGGAUGAGGGAGAAGAGGGAAAAGAUAAGGCGAUGCCAAAUAAGCAGAGAGAUGACCUGGCUCGUAGGCGGGGCCAAAGCAGGCCCCUCCCUCAGAGGGACGGACCAAUGAGCUUUGUUUCCUCCUCCAUGAGUCCGUCUGAUGUACAGAAGUGGGAGAGGCUCAGGAUGACUGAACCAAGUGAGGAUAGGCCAGCCCCCGUGUGUCAGGCUUGUCUGCAGAGAACUUACGGAAUCAGCGGAUCAGCAAAGGCUGGACGAGUUCAUGGCAGGGUUGUGACCUUUGGAGGUCUGACUGAGAUCGAGCAGCCGACAGAGGCAGCCAUGUCGAGAGGGGAGGAGCUGGAGUCGCUUAGACGACUCCAGUCCAAAGCAACGGUAGCCAUGACUACCGUUGACCUGGGCUUCCAGCUUUCAGAGGGGGAUCGCAGUGUUGUCAUGGAUGGCUGUGCAUCCUCCCCUCCCCCUGCGGAACACCGACCCUGGACCGCCGAACCCACCCCUACGGCCGCCGAGAUAGACGCUCGUUUUGCUCUGUACGAGCAGAGAGCACAGGCAGAAGACGAAGAGGAGGAAGAGGAGCGGAUCCCUGACCUUCAGAAGGACGACAUGAUGGCCAGGAGGACAGGUGCUUUCCUAAAACAAACAGCUGGCUCAGCAGAUUUCAGGCGUUUCCUGCCUCCGCCCGGGUCUGGGUGGAGCAGCCGAGGGGAAAUUGCUGCUGAUGCUGCGCCUCCUAGCAACAAGGAAGUGCUCAUCUGCACCAGAGCGGCCAGCCAGAAGCCCAGAAUCCCAGAAGAAACAACUCACUGCUCACUGAAGCCUGCAGUGAUCAGAGCACCGACCCAAACUGAAGGCGAACCCGAUGAGUCCGAUAGAGACAAGAACAUCCUCGAUCUGGACAGAGACGACAUGGUGGCUCAGAGGAGCGGGACAUUCCAGAAAGCGGUGGCCUUCAGAGGAAAUCAGGGCUUCAAUCAGUUCCUGCCGGUACCUGGGUCGGUCAGACGCAACAUCAGUUCAGAGACUGCAGGGAAGCAGUCAGGCAACAGAUCCAAACUCAGAGCAGACAUGGAUGGAGGAAGCGGCUGUGUUGCCAUGGCAGCGGAACUUGAAGCUCCGCCUUUCAAAGCCCCGUCCAGCCCGACGUGUCCUGGGCUGGCGGGCAGGCAGGUCCCUGAUGCAGCUGUUAUCAAUGCGAUCGGACCAUCCUCUUCCUCCUCCUCCUCACUCAUAUGUCCUCCCAGUCCUCUCUCGGCUCACACCUGGAGGGUGGAGGAGCAGGUGGAGGCGGGAAGAGAGGAGGAGAAAAGCGAGGAUGGGAAGAUGAGGCGGGAAAAGAAACCAUGCUGGCUGGAGGAUGAGCUUCCUCCAAUGAUGGUGAGCCGACGAGUUGCUUUUCUCUUAGACAACGAGAGUGCGAGUAUGGGAGACAUGGCCAACGAGGAUGAGGCGGGACACUUCCCUUCGCUGAGCCCAUCACGAUUCGAACGCAUGCACCAGCAGUGCAACGCUUUCGUGGAAGAGGAGGACCAGUGGCAGGAUGACCUGGCCCGUUGGAAGAACCGCCGCCGCAGCACGUCACAGGAGCUGAUUAAAAAGGAGGAGGAGAGGAAGAGGAUGGAGAAAAGGAUGAAGGGGAACGGAGUGGAUGGCAAUAAGAGGAAGAGCAUUAAGACUUACAAGGAGAUCGUGGAGGAGAAAGAACGCAGGGAAGCUGAGCUGUGUGAAGCGUACAGACAAGCAGCGACUCCAGAGGAGGCAGCUUUGGUUUUACAGCGCUACGCCCUCCGCUUCACCAUCAGCGAUGCAACACUGGACAGCCUGAAGCUGCCCAGAAGCACUAACAAACCUAACCAGUUCCUGAACCAGACAGAGCAGGAACACAGCCAGACAUCAGGCGCCGAUGACUCAGAGAGGCUGGAGCGUCCAAGCCAGCAGGACACAGACGGUCUCACCGAACAGGAACGCUGUGGACAGACAGAGGACAGUCAUGAAAAACAUCAGCCUGGUGUGAACCUCAGCAGCUCUUCUGCACCAGAUGCCCUCCAACUCAAAGACACAAACUCACACAGUGAGAAGUUCCAGUCGGAACAGCUUCCUGAGCCCCCCUCCCACCUGACAGACCCUCAUGAUGAGCAUAAGAAUCAGCCAGACCCAGAAGCCCCUCAGUCCCCCACUGAACCUGCUGCUGCACCUCAACCCAAACACAAACUCCCCUCCCUUGCGCCCUCCAGACCGCUCCCACUGCUGGCGGCCAAGCCCUACUGCCCGCCCAGGUGUUCUCCUCCUGAACACAAACAUGUGGAGGUCCAACAGCUGGACGGGUCGGUGCAGCUAAACGGAGACACAGCUGAGGACUUUGCUUCCCUUCUGGACCCGCUACAGGAAAACCCAGCCGUUUCCUCCCCGCACACACAGGAAGUGGAUCCCCCAGAGGACAGCGCAGAGCAGCAGCAGCCUCCACUGCCCGAAAGGCCAACCCCGACUUCAGGCUCCGCCAUCAACUCCCUGAUCGCAGGCCGAAACUGCAUCAUCACCACCACCAUCGUGACAGAACUUACAAAGACCCACGUGGAGCCGCUCCACCCGGACGUCCAGGACGACGCUCAGGAUGGAGCCACUGAGACUCCAGCAGAGAAAGAGAAUCCUCAGCCUGUCCAAUCACCCAGCAGUUUACCAGAAUAUUCUCCCAGUGUCUCCGAGGGGCUGGAGGAAAGCAGCGUGACUAUUGAGACCCCCAUGUUGAACUUGGCUAAACGUGUUAAUCACUGGGUCUGGGACCCCAAUGAGGAGCGUAAGCGCUUGGAAAGCUGGCAGCAGGAGCAGGAGCGCCUCCUACAGGAACAAUACCAGAAAGAACAAGAGAAGCUGAAGAAAGAGUGGGAGAAAGCCCAGCUGGAGGUGGAGGAGGAGGAGAGGAAGCACAAUGAAGAGGAAAGACGAAUUUUAGAAGAGACCGUGGCCCCUCUCAGUCCCUCAGCCUCAGUGCAGAGGCAGCUGGAGCGCAUGGCCACAGCGCCUUUUUCUGCCGAGGAAAACAACAAGGCCGCAGUCAGAGGAAACGUGUCUCUGCAGCAGAACGGACAGAAAAUCCACACAGGAAGUGAGGAUCAGCACGCAUCGAAGCUUCAUUUUUUCCAGGAUCCUGGAUGUGAUGAACAGCUCCCACAGAAACAGGAAAUGUGGAAGACAUCAUCUCUGGACCGCAGCCCUCAGACCAACCAGAUGCAAAAUGUCAAAAGAUCAGAAUCACAUGAUGCUGUAGCAGGUAACCAGGACGUCUCCCCUUCAGCACCUCAGCCUCCGUCACCCAGCAGGUGUGUCAGUGGGAAGCGACUUUGUUCGGGCUGCUCCAAACCUCUGGAAAGAGGAGCUGCUAUGAUCAUUGACACUCUGGGCCUGUUUUUCCACAUGCAGUGUUUUAAGUGUGGCGUAUGCAAAGGGCAACUGGGUGACGCUACAGCAGGGACCGACGUCAGGAUUCGGAACGGACUGCUGAGCUGUUAUGAGUGCUACAUCGCAUCUCGAGGCAGAGGUCAGCCCACUCCUCUAUAAGAACCACGUGAUUAACUGGAACUACAACACUGGAGGCGCUGACGGGAUAAACUCCAGUUCUGUAACCAUGAGUCUGGCUGUUCGGGAAAAGCCUGGAAGCUCUGGAAUAUUCUGUUUUUACUCUGAAUUGCACAAACAGACUCUUUUGCUUUGUUUUAUUUUAAAACUGGACUGAACCUCUUGACAAUGUACUUUUGAUGUACUUCUUUUGAUGUACACAUGUAAACGCCUGUUUUUAAUGUGACUGGCAUUGAUGUACUCAUGGGGGGAAAAAAACAUAUUUCUGGGUUUGUACAUCUAUGCCUGAACUUUCCUUCGUUACACGCUGAACAUUAAACCCUUAAGCUGAACAUUAAAUGUUGGCCCCUUAAAUCCUGCUUUUGGACUCAUGCGACUCCAUUAUUUCCAAAUGCGAUGCAAGGUGAUUCAAAUUGAAUAACCUAAAGUAGCUUGAUGAUUGUAAUGCCUUACUCCUAACUUUUAACACAUGAUUUUGGUUUUGUGUUUACAGUUUUGCAUGAUAAAAACAUAUAUAAGUUAUUGUGGUGUUUUCUCGGAAGGACAGUGAGCCUUUCAUUUUAUUUUGACACCAUUCUAAUCAUUUUAAUGUUUUACAAUCCUUUUAACUUACAGAAACUGUUCUUCAAGUUUCAUUUUACAAAAAUGGCUCUGCAUGUUAUUGAUGAAUAAUUACUCAAAGUAUUUUCCCGUUUUUGAUGUUUUAGCUUUACUUUCUUCUCAGACUGCAUCUGAAUCAGUGCCUUACGUAAUGAAUGCAAUAGUGAGGUGUUGUACACUCAGUUUGACCUUUGGGUCUAGGCACAAUGUGUGUGAGUGGGUGCAUGCCUGAUAUAGAAGUGUUGUGUAUGUGAUUUGAUUCAAAGUACAGUUAUAUACCAGCAAAUAAUGUCUGAAGAACCACUACUUCCCCAAAUAACCCACUCUGUACUUAGUGACAUGAAGUUAAUUAUUUCCUGGCGAAUCAAAAUGUCCUGAAACCUCUUCUAUUUUGUCUAAGCGCUGCCUCUCCACAGAUUUAUUCUUUCCUCUGUCUCAGCUUGGUGUAAACACCUCACAGCCAUGUUGGCCCUCAGUGCAGCAAAGCUCUGAUUGUCUUUUAUAACAAGUGUAUGUUUAUCAAUAAAACAGUUUAAUCUGG